AUGAGUUUAACAGAAGUGCUGUCGUAUUGGGACCGGGUCAUGAAAAUUGUCCUUGGAACAGCGAGCCCCGACAGAAGUAUCUGUCUUGAGUGGAUGAUUCACGAUACUGUCAUGGUCAUGCGAAGCAUGGAUGAGGUUCUGGCAUAUGAUGUUGCUCAGGGAUUUUGUCAACUUCUGCAGGCCCAAACAUCUCAGGAGAGGACCAAAAUUGAAACUCUCGGAUCAUAUCUCAAAUUCAGGGAGAUCGAUGUGGACAGACCACUCUACACGGCUCUUAUCAGAUUCGGUACCAAGCUCGAUCUUACUACCGCUGAACUCGAAAAGACCGCCGCUUUAGAAAGCACCGCAUUUCGGCAUGCCAGUGUUAUGAAUGAUAUCUAUAGCUGGGAGCGAGAAUGGAAAGCAUACCAGGCGAACCCAGCCGAUGGUGCCCGACUAGUCUCCGCCAUCUACAUUCUUGCCAACGAGACAGGACUGCCGCAUUCAGCCUGCAAGCGAUUGAUGUAUAGCUACUGUCGAGAAUUGGAGCUCGCUCUCAAGCAAUCCACUGAUGAAAUGCGACACAAAAGCAUGGGAAGCUUGACACCUGAACUUGAGAUGUACAUCAAAGGUCUAGCAUACUUGAUGUGCGGCAUUGAGUUGUGGAGUCAGUGGACUCAGCGAUAUCAACAAUGA